UUUUUAUUAAAGUAAAUGACAAGAAAAGAUCCUAAACGUUCUGCGAAAAGAAAAGAACAGUCAGAAAGAGAUAAAUCAAGAUAUUUAUCAGAACAUUCUAUUUAUGGACAAGCAGCUGCAUUUAAGCAUUGGCUUGGGCUUGUUCAAAGUCAAGGAAUGCGUGGUAACCAUCUCCCGAUUCCAUUUGAAUUGAUUGAUUUUACUGCUUCUUUUAUUGCUAGUGUUAUGCAUGGAGUAACAAGUGAAUUAAUAUUAAUGACAUCAAGUUUAACAGAGAGUCAAAGUUAUAGGGAAAAUAUCAACUUUAUUCGUAGAACAUUAUCAAAGGCACAGAUAUCAUGUUCAUCUUUAAUUUGUAGUUUAUGGUAUAUCGAUCAGUAUUUCUUUUUACAACAAGAGGAUUUAACAACAAUCAACAAAUGGAAUCCAAGGGAUUUAUUUCUUGCUAGUAUCAUUGUUGCUGAUAAAUACAUAGCUGACAUUACUUGGUUAAAUUCAGAUUGGUCAGAAUGGACGCAUUUUACUUACUCUAAUCAAGAAAUCAAUAGGCUUGAACAAAGGUUCCUCAAAGACAUACACUAUAAAUUAUAUAUAUCAGAAUUAGAUUAUAGUCAAUUUGUAAGUUAUCUUGAAUUCCGAUUACAUUCAAGACAACUAUUGGUAAGUGGUGGUAGUUUAUUAUCCUAUCGAGAUAUAGAUGUCUUGAGUCAAACACUAGAUCCAGCCUAUGUACGACGAUUAAAACUAAAUUUAAGGCCAUUUGAAGCGAUGGUUUUAUUGGCUAAACAUGUAGUAUCUAUCUUUAUUGCUUAUAUGACUACUACUUUGGCUGUAUUGAUGACUCGUCCAUAUUUCAUUGAUUUCUUAAAGACAUUUUUAGUCAAUGAAAAAGACAAUAUUGCAAUGAUAGUUGUGAAUGGAAUAGACUUGUUUAAAGAGGAAUCUAUAUCUAUUGGCUAUUAUGAGGCUGCUACUAGUUAUGCUUUAAACUUGGGAUUUCAUAAUAUCACAUGCCAAUAAUAAUAAUAAUAAUAAUAAAUUAAAAAAAAAUAUUUGCAACCU